GAGAUAUGUGUGGAGAUGGUUAGUAGUUUUCACAUAUAUAUGAUAUCACAAUCAUAUAUAUGACUUGCAUAUAUAAGUUGCGGUUCUGCCAGGUGUUUGUCUCAUUUGCAUCAAAUAGUUCAGCAGAUAUGGAUACGCUGACCAGUAUUAAGGUGGUGCUCUCAUUCGUGCUGCUUCUGAGCGGCUUGUCGCGAGCGGCUGAAGACAGCACAAAUAGCAAAGAGGAAACAUCAGCUGAUCUCAAAGCUGAACCUUCAGCGAGGAGUGCAUUCAACAUCAGAGAUGGAGGCUACGGUUCGAGUGGGGGGGGAUAUGGUCUAAAGUUCCCGGGAUCCAGUCGCUAUGGGGGUAACAACUACUACGGCACCGGACCAGGGUAUGGAGGCUCGGGAUAUCCUGGAGGAUAUCCUCAAGGAUACUACGGUGGCGGAGGAUAUCCCGGUGGAUAUGGAGGCAGCAACUAUUAUGGAAACAGUGGAUAUGGAGGUCCAGGCUAUGGAGGGUCCUAUGGUGGAUAUCCCGGCAAUGGUUAUAAUAGUUAUGGAGGCUACCCAACCGGCUCAGGAAGCUACGGCGGUUACCAGGGUGGAGGUUAUGGAGGAGGUUACUAUCCAGGAGGCUAUGGCAACAAUUAUGGCAGCGGCUAUGGCGGCAACUACGGAGGUUAUAGCGGCAACUACGGAGGUUAUGGCAGCAACUACGGUUAUGGAUCAGGUCCCGGCUAUUAUGGAUCCUCGGGUUAUGGCGGAAACAGCGGUUAUUACGGAGGUUAUAGACGAGGUUACUAUGAGCAACCAGGUUAUGGCGGAUACAAGGGCGGAUACAACAACUAUAACCGGGGAGGAGGUUAUGACGUUUACGACCGUUACAGCUCUUACAGAGGUUAAAACAAAAAAUGCCUGCCGCGGGAGGAAUCGAACAUCUCUACUGCCUUCUAUGAUAGAGAAACUAUAGCUUACGUAGAUAUCCUAUGGUAAAGGGCGUUUAUGUCGCAAUUUUCACUGUUAUCUCAAGCUGAUAGUCCACAUAGUUAUUUCCCGUGAUGCUGUGUGACGCUUGUAGUCUCUCAUAUCGUGUCGUUCAUACACAAAACAUUUAAAAUUGACAAUAAUUGACAAUAAUUGGCUUGAGUUAACAGUAAAAGUUGCGACAUAAACGCCCUAUACCAUGGGAUGGAUAUCUACUUACGCUAUUGUUUCUCUAUGCUUCUAUAUACUGACGGUUUUUCUUCACAGUGAUUUGAUUUCAAGACAUUGUCCAUUAUUUAUUAUUAUAGUGUGGUCCACGUUAUAAUGGCAGUGGAUAAAGAUAGAAGAAUAGCGAUGUCAAUUCUCUGCAUUAAUUUAUUAUAUUUCUACACUGUCAAAAACAUAAUUGGCAUCAUUGUGGACCUAGAAAAGGGUAGUACCACCGGCUUUGUCGAAUGAUAGACAAGGAUAGCAAAACCAAAGUUGAAAAAAUACUGUCAUCAUAACGUGGACCUCACUAUAGAACCAGGAACAGAUUUCAAACAAGUGAGGAGGCCCACGUUAUAAUGGCAGUGGAGAAAGAUAGGAGAACAAUGUUGUAGAUUCUCUGUCUUGAUCAAUUACAGUUCUACAUAGUUGAAAACAGAUUUGGCAACAUUGUGGAGCUAGAAAGGGAUAGUGCAAUCUGCUUUGUCGAAUGAUAGACAAGGAUAGCAACACCAUUGUCAAUCAAAUACUGCCAUUAUAACGUGGACCUCACUAUAGAACAAGAACAACCACAACAUGAUACAGUAUCAACACAAUAUGAUACAGUAUCACCUCCACUUGUACCCUACAUUUAACUACUGAAGAAUCUACAAAAUUCUUGUUACCAUAUAUGAACCAAAGAGAAUAAACACAUUUUAAACCAGCCUAACACGUAAACAACCAAGUAAGUUGAAAAACAACUUUGAAAUUUUAUCAAGAGUUUAUUUGACUCUAUCGGAUCAUACUUUCAUUCAAGGUCAACAUUUUAUCCAGAAUUUUGAGUCAAUUUAGAUUGUUUCUUGAAUAUUUAUUGCAGUAUCUUUCCCCUAAUGUAUAAUAUUAACUUAUUAAACUUUGGGCCAAAGUUUAUUAAACGUUA